GAUGGGCAGCAUCUUGAGACGCGUGCGCGAGCACUUCCUGGCGGCAUCUUGAGGAAGCACUUCCGCGUAGCCGGUGGUGGCAAGAGGGAUCCCGCCGGCGCCCUCCGCUGUGGUAGCGUUGGACACGCAGCAGAUAUCGCGGUAGCCUUGCGCGAUGGCAUCUCGGUAUGACCGGGCAAUCACUGUCUUCUCCCCAGACGGACACCUUUUCCAAGUGGAAUACGCCCAGGAAGCGGUGAAGAAAGGAUCCACUGCGGUUGGAAUUCGAGGUACUGAUAUAGUUGUGCUCGGGGUGGAGAAAAAAUCUGUUGCUAAGCUUCAAGAUGAAAGAACUGUGAGGAAAAUUUGUGCCCUUGAUGACCACGUCUGCAUGGCUUUUGCAGGACUGACUGCUGACGCUAGAGCAGUAGUAAACAGAGCUCGUGUGGAGUGCCAGAGUCAUAAGCUCACAGUUGAGGACCCAGUCACUGUAGAAUAUAUAACUCGCUUCAUAGCAGCCUUAAAGCAGAAAUAUACUCAGAGCAAUGGACGAAGACCUUUUGGUAUUUCUGCCUUAAUUGUAGGCUUUGAUGACGAUGGUAUCCCAAGAUUGUAUCAGACUGAUCCCUCUGGUACUUACCAUGCUUGGAAGGCAAAUGCAAUAGGCCGAAGUGCUAAAACUGUUCGAGAAUUCCUAGAAAAGAAUUACACAGAAGAUGCUAUAGCAAACGACAACGAAGCUGUAAAAUUAGCAAUAAGAGCUUUGCUAGAAGUUGUCCAGUCUGGUGGAAAAAACAUUCAACUUGCUAUAAUAAGAAGAAACCAACCUUUGAAGAUGUUUAGUGCCAAAGAAAUUGAAUUACAAGUAACUGAAAUAGAAAAGGAAAAGGAAGAAGCAGAGAAGAAAAAAUCAAAGAAGAUUGCCUAAUUCUUAGGAUGAGCACGGGGAGCUUUGAAUGUUUGGUUGUACUCCUCGGAAUUAUUUAGUGAAGUUUUAAAGGAAAUAAGUUGAUUUGUAGCAUUACAUUGAGUAGUUACAUGCUGUUUCAAGAAUGCCAGAUUUCUGCCUGUCUUCAGUCUAUUACAUGGACAAACAUACAUUAGUAGGAAGGUUAUCUUUGAAAAGAGCUUUCAGUAAUUGUUGGAAGCAAUCAUAAUUCCACAUAAGCCUGAGACAGUACUUUAUAACUUGUCCAGUGUAUUACUUUUCUUCAUAUAUGCAAAUGUAAUUAAGAAAAAACAUUAAUUAAAAAAAUUAAUAAUUUGGUGACAUUUGAGUAUUGAUAUCAGGUAAAAAGCUGUUCCAAAAUAAACUGAAUAUAAUAUUGAGUUGCAUUUCUAGAUGCAUGAUAAAAACAUCCUUGCAUUGGUGAAUUGCCAAAA